CCUCUCUUCCUAUUAGAAGCAGCCAGGCAUUCUCGCGACGCGCUCAGAGAAGGUUAGGGUUUACCAGUUGCGACCGCCGCCGCCACCAUGGGACACUCCAACGUGUGGAACUCGCACCCGAAGAACUAUGGCCCUGGAUCCAGGGUUUGCCGUGUGUGCGCCAACCCCCACGGCCUGAUCCGGAAGUACGGGCUCAUGUGCUGCAGGCAGUGCUUCCGCAGCAACGCCAAGGACAUCGGAUUCAUCAAGUACCGCUAAAAACUUGAGAGGUCCGAAGCAUCACGAGAAUGGGAGCAUGGAUGAGGAGCAUCUUCUGCCCGUCUUUUGCUUAGUACUGUGAUAAUCAUAACAUGUAAUGAAUUAUUUGGGUUUGAAAUGGACCAAAUCGUAUUCUGGCUGGCACUCUAGUGCACCCUAGUUGAGCAUGUUGAACCGCUAUUAUCAGACUAAUAAAAUAUUGUUACUAUUGAGGCUGUAUUGGAGUAA